AUGUCGUCUGGAACAUCCUUCGCAGACCUCGCCCACCAGGCGUGGGAUGCUGCGGCGCAAGCUACGGGCCUCUCUUCCUACGGUGAGGAUGCGGCUGAACAGAACCAUGACGUUUCAUCAGCAAAGGAUAAGCCCGAUACUGCCAACGGCAGUGCAAAGCAGGAAAACCAUGACACGAAGAAGCAGAACCUAGAUCACAGAGACUCCUACCAUGGAGGUCCAGGCAACCAUCCGCACGAUCCAGCCGGCCGCAUCAACCACCCCGACGCUGUGGAUGUCCCAUCUUCAGCUGGAAAGCAUGCGCAAGUACGCGAAUCCAACGUGAAGGACCACGCUUCGAACGCCAAUGGCACAGCACAGCAGGAGUCAUCGUGGCAAUCGCACCCAAAGCAUCCGCAUGCCAACAGAGAAGACGACAUGGGCCAAUCCAUGAUCGAGCGCGCUCUCGGUGACGAUGGCUUGACCGCACAGCGACAGGGCACAUUAUAUGAUAAGCAGCUUGAAAACGAGAUGGAUGGCUCCUACAAGGACAUCGAGAAGCAAAACAAGACCGAGACAGCAGCAGCUGAGCUUGGUGGGCCUAUUCAUUCCGAGCGCAACCAGUCUCAAGACAGUCAUCACAAGGCUGAGCUUGACGAGAACGCGCAUCAACAACAUGCUGCCAAUCGCGGUCCUUCUUGGGCUUCGCGACCCGAUGAUAAGCAGCGCGCCAAAAUUGCAAAGAUGAAGGAGGAGCAGGCCGCAGGCACAUGGAAACGUCGCUUUUCCAGCUUUGGGCCGACGCCCGAAGAGUCUAGCCCGUCCACACCUAAGGACAAGUCACGCAACGAUAAGGACAAGGAUGACGAGAAAGAUAAGGGCAAAGGUCUAUUCGGCGGUAUGUUUGAUACCACCUCACCCGCUCGUCCUGCCCUCAACCUCUUUGGUUCCAGCAACAAUCAGCGUAGCAACACACACCGCAAGGAGAAUGGCGAUGCCUCUGGCAGUGGAAGUGAUCCCAAAGGCAAGCAGUCAGAACAGGCAGGUACUAGACCUGAGCCCUCACGCAAUUCCAGUCGAUGGGCGGACAACUCCAACAAACUGCGAAACGCCUUUGAGCCACCCACACCGUCUGCUGAGACAGCCAGCCACGACAACAACAACGCACAGCAGCGUAACGAUGAUCAGGUUCCCACACCGGAGCUCUCUUCCGACUCGCAAAAGCUGCGUGCCAUCACCAAGGUCAUGCUCGGCUCCAACAAGGGCAAGGACAGGGACGACGGUGCCGCUUCGCCAGAUGCCACCUCACCAGAAGGCACGCAGCAUCCACAGACCAGGUGGGCACAGCUCAAGAAGAAGGUGCGAGAGUCACAAAAGGCCAAAGUCGAGCAGCAAAAGGCAAGCGCCGUAUCUCUUGAUCUUGCCAAGGAACUCCAGACCGGUAUUCUGCCCGUCUUCCUCCUCAAGAUGGCUGUGGAACGUGACGAGUCCAAGCAUCGUCGCAUCCCCGUUCUGCUCAACCACUUACGUCUUCGCGUCACCGAUAGUGUCAACCCGAUGCACAAUACGCAUGCCGUCUUCCGGAUCGAGCUCGAGUACGGCGAUGGUCUCGUCAAGUGGGUCAUCUACCGCGAGCUACGUGAUUUCAUCAAUCUUCAUGCUCACUAUCGAGCUGCUGCCCUCCGUGGCUACCUUGGAAGAUCGAUUGGAGGUAACUCGACAGAAGGCGAUCUCGGUUUGCCAAGCUUCCCCAAGAUGAGUCUGCCAUACUUCAACCAGCUCCAGAGGCAGGGCAAGACUUCACGUGGCGAGUUCGCGCGUGCGCAGAGAGACUCGCUCGAGAACUACAUCAUCGAGCUCAUUCGACGCACCAUGUUCCGUGCCGAGGCAAAUCGACUUUGCAAGUUCUUCGAGAUCUCGGCGCUGUCCGUCUCGCUCGCUAGUCGAGGUGGAUAUCAGGGCAAACAGGGCUACUUGCGUAUCCUGUCGCGUUCAUCCCGGAAAAAGGAUCAGAAGAGUAUGCUUACGCCAGCGCGUUGGGCAAAAGCGUACGAGCCCAAGUGGUUCGUCGUUCGAGAGAGCUUCAUUGCGAUCGUCAACGAGCCUGACAGCCUUCAGCUCUACGAUGUGUUCCUCAUGGAUAACGACUUUAAGGUGGAGAGGCCGAAGCGACUCUAUAAGCAGACGAUGCAUAUAGCCCAUGGCCUUACUCACAGCGACGACAAGAAAGGGGCCGAAAUCGAGAGCUCUGAACAGCCUGAAUCAUCCGGCUCUAGAGGUGCCAAGGACGCUUCGUACGAUCAGACUGCGCUAUUGACCGGAGGCCACUUUAAGGACGCCGACCCGAACAAGCGCGAUGAAGCCCACGAGUCUGAAAGGCAUGCCAGCAGCCACACUUUUUCCAUACGCAACGCUGAGAGGAAGCUCAAGCUCGUAGCCAAGAACGAGCGCAUGAUGGAGCAGUUCAUUGUGUCAAUGCAAAAGAUGGCUGCUCGUAACAUCUUUGGCGGCACCAACCGCUUCGAGAGUUUUGCGCCCAUUCGACUCAACGUUUCGGCACAGUGGCUUGCAGAUGGACGUGACUACUACUGGAACUUGAGCAAGGCGCUUAUGAUGGCCAAAGACCGUGUUUUCAUUCACGACUGGUGGCUCAGCCCCGAACUCUAUUUGCGCAGGCCUGGUCAUCCCAAAUGGCGACUCGAUAACGUGCUCAAGAAAAAGGCAGAGGAAGGCGUCAAGAUCUUCGUCAUCAUCUACAAUGAGGUUUCGAACAACUUUACACCCACCGACUCGAAUUACACCAAGCAGCGUCUCAUUGGCUUGCACCGUAACAUCUUUGUUCAGCGUUCGCCAAGUCAUUUCCAGACAGGCACAUUCUACUGGGCUCAUCACGAGAAGCUUUGUGUCAUCGACGAGACCAUCGCUUUCAUGGGAGGCUUGGAUCUUUGCUUUGGUCGAUACGAUACGCCUGCGCAUGUGCUGGUCGAUGAUGCGCUCUACCACAAAAGGGAAGGAGAGUCAGAGUCGGAUCACGGCUUGUCAAACCCAUCUGGAUAUCUCGGACCUGUUAAGGAAGGUCGCGAGGCCCACAUUUGGCCUGGACAGGACUAUGCCAAUGAGCGUGUCAUGGAAUGGCACACGCUUAGCAAGCCUCACGAAGACUUGUUCUCGCGUGACAAGUUUCCGCGUAUGCCAUGGCACGAUGUUGGACUGCAGAUCGUCGGUCAGCCCGCUCGUGAUCUUUGCCGACACUUUAUCCAGCGAUGGAACUUCUUGCUUCGUAUCAAGAAUCAUACUCGACAGAUGCCUUUCUUGGUGCCUCCGCCCGACUUUACGCCCGAGGAGCUGCAGAACUACGGACUCACGGGUACUUGCGAGGUUCAGAUCUGCCGUUCGGCUGGACCGUGGAGUCUGGGUACGGCGAACAAGGUCGAGCAUUCGAUUCAGAAUGCUUACCUCAAGUCGAUCCAGAUGAGUGACCACUUUGUUUACAUCGAGAACCAGUUCUUUGUUACAUCUACGGUGAUGGAAGGUAACAAGAUCGAGAACAGGAUCGGCGAAGCUCUUGUCAGUCGUAUCAUUCGAGCUCACCGCGAAGGUACACCUUGGAGGGCGAUCAUCGUUAUCCCCUUGAUCCCAGGUUUCCCAAUGCCGAUUGACCAUCCGGAUGCUUCUUCGGUGCGACUCAUCGUUGACCUGCAGAACCGUUCGAUCUCGAGAGGCGAGCAUUCGAUCUUUGGCAAGUUGCGAAGGGAAGGCAUCGACCCAGAACAGUACAUCAGCUUCUUCUCGCUGCGUACUUGGGGUAAGCUCCGCGGAGGCCAGCUGACCACAGAGCAGAUCUACCUCCAUGACAAGAUCAUGAUCGUCGAUGAUAGGUUGGCCAUUAUUGGAUCCGCCAACAUCAACGAGCGUAGUCAGCGGGGUGAUCGUGAUUCCGAAUUGGCUUCGGUGAUUAGGGACCAUGAUAUGAUCGAUAGCUUUAUGGGUGGGAAACCGUACAAGGUGGGAAGGUUUGCUCAUACCUUGAGGAUGAGAUUGAUGCGGGAGCAUCUGGGUGUGGAUGUGGAUGAGUUGGAGGCUAGUGAGAGGAAAGAAGGUGAAGCGUCGGUGAAUGGUCAUGAAGGGUCAACUGCUGCUGGAGCAAGUGUUUCUUCGGACGCGAGGUUGGAGGAUAGUGAUGAUAAGUGGGAUCCAGAGCAGGAGCAGAGCCAUAAUGGGUUGAAGAGACAGGGUGAUACGGAGAGCUCGCCGGCUGAUUUGGUGGAUGUGCAGAGCAAUAAGCAGGCUCUGAAGAAUGCUGCUUCUAAUGUGACGGAGAGGGGUAGUGGUACUACUUCGGCUGUGCGUCGUCAGGUCAAAGAUACGCUGGCAAAUAGUAAGGAUAAGUUCGAGGCUGAAGAAUUGGGCGAACAUACUUCGUCGAACUCAGCUAACCAUAACGAAAGAUACCAGGCUGCUCGAGAGGAACGCGUUGAUCUGGCGCUAAAAGGUGAGGAGUCGCAGAAGUUCGUCGAUGGCAAGUACGAUAACUUAAUGGAACCGACGUUGGAAGAGAAGCUGUUGGUUGAAGAUGGACCUGCUAUCAACGGUCAUUCUAGCGAAACGAAGCGGUCUGGUGGUGCAGGUGUAGGUGCGCACGGCAGCCCCCACCGAUCCUCAGUCGACCGCCACCGACUCCUCGGAUCGCUUAGCAGCUCUUCCCUCGGUCCCGAACGAGAAACCGAAAUGCUCCACCGAGCAGGUCAACGAGGACGAAUCCUCUCCGAAGAUUCGACUCUUCUCUCUGGUGUUGGCGGCGGCCCCGAAGACAUCCGACGCAAGGUAGCAGCUCGAAUGUCCAAUUCACUCUGGAACCUUCCCGCAGCAUCACUCGAUAUCGACCCACACCGAUUCCAAGACCCCAUCGACGACUCCUUUUACGUCGACUACUGGCUCACAUGCGCAGUUCACAACAUGCAGAUCUUCCGAAAAGUCUUCAAAUGCGUACCCGAUGACACCGUUACCACUUGGGCCGAAUACAAAGCUUUCUGUAGUUGGGCUGACCGGUUAGCUCGCAGCGGAAAAUUCGGUGCAAAGGAGAGUAGGGGUGAGAGAGAUGCUCAAGCGCACAGCGUUCCCGGUGCUAGUGUGGGUGGGCCUGAAGGUUCUAUUCCCCAUCCUAGCUCAAGUGGAGAGAAGAAAGAAAAAGAGGAUAAGAAGGAGGAUGAGAAUAUUCCCCAAUCCCUUCGAGAUGCUCCUUCUCCGGGUCAAAAUGGAACACUAAAAGGAGAGAAAGGAGAAAAGAAGGAGAAGGAAGUAGAAGGGUUUUCAGCAAGAGAAUUAGAACAGAUGGAAAUGUUACUUGACGAAUGUAGAGGUUCUUUGGUGUUACAUCCGACGAGGUUUUUGGAGGCGGAAGAUCAUAGUAAUAACUUUUUGUUUGCUAUGGAUAGGAUCAACCCUCUUCUCAUCUAUGAUUGA